AUGCUGCUCCUGGACCAAGUGCCCCGCAACAUCUUCCGUGGGGCACCGCAAGCAUAUGAAACAGACUCAAAGGCUGCCUCUAUUGCGCGAUAUGCUAUUGAGCAAGGAUUGGAUGAUGGCCUUCCCGAUAUACAAAAACGUUGCAUGUAUUCGCCGCUCAAUCACUCUGAGGAUAUAAAGGAUCAAGAGUUAUCAGCGAAGCUGUUUACUCAGUUGAGUGACCCUUAUCAUUUGCACUGGGGAAAGGACUGA